GUGCGACCGCAUAUCUGGCGUGUCAGUUGUCGAAACCAUCUGGCAGCCCUGGCUAGUUUGCAUGUCGAAAAACGCCGAAAAUUAAUUUUUUGGUUUUGUUUAUAGGAAAAGCACGACAUGGCGGCCGGACCCAUUGCUGAACGCAACCAAGAUGCCACCAUCUAUGCCGGCGGCCUGGACGACAAGGUGUCGGAAACGCUGCUCUGGGAGCUGUUCGUGCAGGCAGGACCCGUGGUCAAUGUACACAUGCCCAAGGACCGGGUCACCCAAAUGCACCAGGGCUACGGCUUCGUGGAGUUCCUCAGCGAGGAGGACGCCGACUACGCCAUCAAGAUCAUGAACAUGAUAAAGCUGUAUGGCAAACCGAUUCGGGUGAACAAGGCGUCGGCGCACCAGAAGAACCUGGACGUCGGCGCCAACAUCUUCAUCGGCAACCUGGACGUGGAGGUGGACGAGAAGCUGCUGUACGAUACAUUCUCCGCCUUCGGCGUCAUCCUGCAGACGCCGAAGAUCAUGCGGGACCCGGAGACGGGCAAGUCGAAGAGCUUCGCCUUCAUCAACUUCGCCAGCUUCGAGGCCAGCGACGCGGCCAUGGACGCCAUGAACGGCCAGUACCUGUGCAACCGUCCCAUCUCCGUGUCGUACGCCUUCAAGAAGGACCACAAGGGCGAGCGCCACGGCUCGGCGGCGGAGCGACUGCUGGCCGCCCAGAACCCUUCGGCCCAUGCGGACAGGCCGCAUCAACUGUUCGCCGAUGCGCCCGUGCAGAACAUGAUGCCGCAGAUGCCGGGCCAGAUGAUGCCGCCGCCGAUGAUGGCUCCGCCGCCGCCGGUGGUGCCCGUGUCGAACAACAACAUGGGCAUGAUUGCGCCGCCGCCUCCAGUGCCCCAGCCUGCGCCGUUCCCAGCCACGAUACCGCCGCCGCCACUGCCGCCGAUGGCCGGCGGACAGCCGCCUCUGCCGCCCGCGAUGGGAAUACCGCCGCCGCCGCGCAUGAUGCAGGCCAACGCCUGGGCACCGCCCGGCAUGCCGGCUCCUCCGCCCAGACCACCGCCCACCAACUGGCGGCCUCCGCCCGUGCCCUUCGCCCCCGCGCCCUUCGCACGGCCCUACCAACCCGACGGCUACCAGUACUAAGACUAGCGUGUAGUGUAUACCAAUUUCGACGAGACGAAUAAAUUUUAAUAGGAUUUAUCAGUGGAGGAUGCUCUGGCAUAGGUUAAGACUGCUCUGGCUUUUACUCUUGGUCCGUUUAUGCAUUUAAUACACCCGAAAUACACAAGACCCUGCAAAGUGUGGACUCAUCCCUUUGAAGGCGUGUUCAAUCCUCUUCCAAUCGAAACUGUCUGCUAAAUAAGUUUGUAAUUUUAACAGGAUUUUGAGGGACAUGCCAUUAUAAUUUCCAAUAAAUAUAAACUCAUGCAAAGUUUUAGUACUCUAUUUUGCGAAAGGUUUAGAUGUACUAAACAAUAAUUAAUAAGAGCUCAAAACUUUCUAGUUUCAAUAGUAGGUAAAGACUUAUUAAUCCUUCUGCAUUUAAUCCUACAAAUUUCUUUUUGCAAAAUGUAUAGAAAAUAUACUAAGGUGAGCCAAAAUAAACUGAAAGGGAAUUUCUAAAAUAUUUUUU